AUGCUGAGGCAGCACAACUUCCAUCAUGUAAAUUCAGAACCAACAAGACUACAAGCGUGCUUGGAUAAUGCUUUUGUCAACUGUGCUCGUGAUAUGUACUCCACCAAGAGAGGUCUUUGCUGUUUUCCAGGAUUCUCUAAUACAGGCACUACGUCGCGAAAAGGAAAAUUACCCAAGCCAUUAUUGGCGGGUGUAGGGCGAACAGGUUCACCCCACCAUUUGUUUGAGCCAUCAGGGUUCCUGCAGGGCUUGGUGCCCACACGCUAUGAGCAGGGUCGUCCUGAAGAGAUCCUUCUGUUAGAGAAGCAAGGACGCAGCUCACAGCAGCAGUGUGCAGCCAGCCUUCCUCCAACAUCUCUGCCACGACCACCUCGCAGGCCACCAGCUGGCAGUGGUGCAGGGUAUGGUCGCCUCGGAGAUGGAAGUGCUAGCGGCAGUGAGAGCCAUGGACCUGUCCCACCAUCACCACCUCGCAGGCCACCAGCUGGCAGUGGUGCAGGGUAUGGUCGCCUCGGAGAUGGAAGUGCUAGCGGCAGUGAGAGCCAUGGACCUGUCCCACCAUCACCACCUCGCAGGCCACCAGCUGGCAGUGGUGCAGGGUAUGGUCGCCUCGGAGAUGGAAGUGCUAGCGGCAGUGAGAGCCAUGGACCUGUCCCACCAUCACCACCUCGCAGGCCACCAGCUGGCAGUGGUGCAGGGUAUGGUCGCCUCGGAGAUGGAAGUGCUAGCGGCAGUGAGAGCCAUGGACCUGUCCCACCAUCACCACCUCGCAGGCCACCAGCUGGCAGUGGUGCAGGGUAUGGUCGCCUCGGAGAUGGAAGUGCUAGCGGCAUUCAUUCUAAUGGCCAACCAAGUAGUUCAGGUGUAGCUCGAGCAGAAGGUGCCAAGCUGCGACUCUUUACAGGACCUCGAUCACGUCGUAGUUCAUCUGUAGCGAAGCCUGCUUCUACAGAUAGCAGCAAUGCUAGCAGUAAGUCGGUUGCUAGUACUGCUGUUUAUAGUAUAGCUUCUGAAAAGAGAAUUAUAUUUGGCUUUCUAAAUUAUUAUGGGCUGUGA